AUGGCAAUAUCACUUGAUUGUGAAGAACUCAAGUACGUUUUUGGCAGUUUGUCACGAACAAAUUGGAAAGAGAUUUUCCAGAAAUGUAGACUGUCACCAAAGAGUGCCAUAGGGAGGCGUCAGGAAGCCGAUUACCUACUAGACUACAGGUACUCGAAAAUGAACAUGUUCCAUUUGGAAGCAGGAAAUAAAAGACAUACCAAAGAUGACAAGUAGUAACCAAAUUCCUUAUCCUUGAAUUCUCGCACAGGAAAAGUUACAUUUAAAGGAAAACAAGUUUUAUAGGAAGGGAAUAAAAAGGCUGCUGCUGGAUAGAAAAACUUAAA